AGGUUGCAUGCAUGCACAGCCGAGUAAUGCACCACGUGGUGGAGUAGUGGCUCAGCAGCCGCAUUCCGGGCAGCGUUACCUUGAGCAGCUGAUGCCAUGUACUUCUAUAAGUACGUAGCGACGAGGUUCGAGGACGCGAAGGCCGCACUGUUGCCUGGUGAGAGCGAAGAAGACUUCGACCCUCACGCACACCGUCAUGUACCAAAACCCACCACGUACUCGGAGACCAUGAUGCACAUGCUGAAGGGGUGCCUGGGCGCCGGUUUGCUUGCUAUGCCCAACGCGUUCGCACGAAUGGGCGUCAUAUAUGGCACACUGGGCAUGAUCUUCAUUGGCUUCUUCGCCACUUAUUGCAUCCAAGUGCUGGUCCAUGCGCAAUACGUGCUCUGCAAGAGGAUGCGCCGCGGCUACAUGGCGUACAACAAGAGCAUGCGGGUGGCAGUGAUGGGCGGUCCAGACUUCAUGCGUGGGAGCGCUGGAUUCUUCGCAAAUGGCGUAGACUUCUUUCUUUUAGUAUGGCAAAUAGGAAUCUGUGCCGUAUAUUUUGUAUUUGUUGCAGAGAAUGUAAAGCAGGUGUUGGACUACUACGGAUACGUGGUCAGCGUGCGGCGGCUCAUUGUUUACACUUACCCUCCUCUGCUACUUCUAAGUCUCAUAAAAGAUUUGAAACUAUUGACUCCAUUUUCGACGAUCUCAAACUUUAGCAUUAUGCUAGGAUUGUAUCUCACGUUCUUUUAUUUAAUAGAAGACGAACCCAUAAUGGAUGACAGUAAAUUUCAAAUGAAAGGAAUUGAAGAAAUUCCUGUAUUCAUCGGUAUCACCCUCUUUGCGUUGGAAGCAGUGGGCGUGAUCUUGGCGCUUGAGUACAACAUGGAGAAGCCGAGGGAUUUCACGGGGCUGUGCGGGCUAUUCAGUGUUGCCAUGUUCAUCAUCAUCGGCAUUUACGUCACAUUGGGCAUCUUCGGCUAUCUCAAGUAUGGCAACGCAUGCGAAGGAUCCAUUACGCUGAAUUUGCCACAGAACCAGAAAAAGGCGCAAGUGGCGAAGAUGACAUUUACGUUAGCCUUGUUUCUAUCGUAUCCACUACAAAACUUCGUGGCGUGGCAAAUCAUAUGGCGUAAAUCAAGAAAAAAAUUUCACAUAAGCUACAGACAUAUAGCAGAUUAUUUAAUACGUUUUGUGGUCGCCACCUUACCCUUCGGCAUGGCGGUGGCGGCGCCGAACCUCGAGGCGUUCAUGGGGCUGCUGGGCGCGUUCUGUCUCACAUUUGCGGCCAUAGUGUUUCCUGCACUCAUGGAACUCUGCGUGAAUUGGCCUGAAAAAUACGGAUUCUGCUACUACAAAUUCUUCAAGGACGUAUUUAUUAUUAUAUUCGGUGUCUUCGCUUGUUUCUCUGGAGUCUACACCAGUUCUCUCGAAAUAUUAGCACAACAAAAAAAAUAAUUGCUCGCUGGAUUCCGUGCAAGCAAGCUAUAUAUGGUUUGUCUCCCUAUUUUAUGAAUGUACCUAUUUU